CGUUCUUUACUUGCUUUCUUGUCACUCUUUUAGAAUCUCACAUCAUCAUGAAGUCAAUUCUGGCACUCUCUAUGGUGGUAGCUACCACCUGGGCGGGCUCCGUUCAUGGUCCAGGACUAGCUGCUCGUGGCAGAGCACCUCUGGAUGCCCGCACUACCCAGAGGCUUAUCAAACCUGGAUUCUCCAUAACAUUCAUCGACACAUUCCAUGGAGUUCCCGGUACAAUUCCAUCGUCUGACAACUGGAUUUUCGAUAUCGGGACUUCAUAUCCCGGCGGAGCCGAACGAUGGGGAAAUCACGAGUAUCAAUCUUACACCGACUCUCCUGACAAUGUCCGCCUCACCCACCGAGACACCCUUAUGAUCUCCCCACGCCUUAAGCAUGGUCAGUGGACAUCAGCAAGAAUCGAAACGCAACGAAAGGAUUUCGUCGCUGCACCCGGUGGCAAGUUGUUCGUCGAGAGCAGGCUAAAAGUCGGCGAUAAUCCUGAAGCUCAAUCUAAAGGCAUCUGGCCCGCUUUCUGGGCUCUGGGUGAAAGUUUCAGGGGUAACUUUACCAACUGGCCGAGUGCUAGUGAAUGGGACUUUCUGGAAGUGCUCAAUGGGCAAAACAAGAUCUAUUCCACCAUUCACUGCGGCACCGCUCCUGGUGGACCGUGCAAUGAAUACAACGGUAUUGGUAACGGCGGCGUGCCGUUCACGAGAGGGGUAUGGAACACGGUUGGCUUUCAGGUUGACCGGACUGCGUCUGGCAAGGGCAAUGGUACUUGGGUUGAUGAGUCUCUGAGCUGGUUUUUGAAUGGAGAGAAGGUCUUGACUGUCAAAGGGUCAACUGUUGGCGAUGAGCCUACCUGGGCCAAGUUGGCUCACGAGGGACACUUCUUGCUGUUCAAUGUCGCAGUUGGAGGCUGGUGGCCAGGUUUCCCGAACGAUCAGACUAAGGAUGGGACAGGUGCUGGGUUGGAAGUGGACUAUGUUGGUGUUUGGAACUCGUUGUAGAAUUAGUACGGCAGCCACAAAUUGGGCUUUCUUAUGAGAGAUGGCGAAGUGGAUGGAGAGAAAAGCAACGAGGGCAUGUGGAACUUGUAAGAGUUAAUUCAAUGAGACGCGAUUUAAUAGCAUGUCGAAUCCCAUGUUCGCUUGAAGACUGCAUCUUAUCGUAAUGCUUGUGGUGGACGCAGAAGUUAAUGUCUCCAGGACAUCACCUGAUGUUUAC